AUGGCUAAUCAUUCUCGCAAUCUUGAUUAUGAGAUUACUAAGCUACGUGAAGCUUCGAAAGAGCGUCAUGAGCUCUUUAUGCAACAAGUUGAUGUCGUAGGAAAUGAAACAACUCGGUUGAUCAAACAUAUCACUGCCUUCAACAACGAUUGCUUGAAAGAUCUAAAAGUCAAGACUGAUAAGGAUGACAAUGUGUUUGAGAAAGUUGAAGAAUUUUUAUCUUAUUUUAAAAAGACAUUAUUGAAAGUUAAUAUUUCGACUCAAUCUUCUAUUUAUCAAGAUUCCAUUUUCACUAUGGUUUCGAACAUCGAGUCAAGUAUCAAGGCUGAGUUGGCUUCGAUCUUGAAUUUGGUACUUCUACUAAAAACAAAUGUUCCACUUCCUAUGCACAUCUCGCAAGGGGGAGAUAAAGUGUUGGUGUUGGUUCGUCUAAGGGAUCUGGAGAAGAUACAGGGGUAG